AUGGUGGCCAGGCCUCAAUACGAGCCGCCGACCAAGAUCCUAGCGGGUAGACGAGAACGCCCGAAGGCGAUGAUCGUCAUGUCGGCGUCGGCAAGGGAGUCGAUCACUGCACCAGGUAUGAUCAAGAGUGAUCGAGAACAGCCUCCAUCAACGGAAUUGGGAGGGACACAAAUUGAACCGAAGGAGGAAGCUGACGAUGGCGUGGACGACGCUGUCUGCUACCAUCAAGGCGGAGACAUCUUCCCUGAAGACAUCGAGAAUAACAUGACUGUCCUGCCGGAAGUGGAGGCUACCACGAAGGAAGUCACCAUCGACGACAUACAACGACACCACUUGCUGAUCGGAGCUGGUAACGCGUUACCACCGGCCGCCUUCGGAGCUAUUUGCGACAUUGAUGUCGGAACGGCAAAGCCGGUAGCUCAGCGAUGUCGACGGGUAGCGCCACAAUUCCGCGAGAAGCUGUCCAUGCUCAUCAAGGGACUGCUGUCGGCAAAGAUCAUCACCACCUCCACCUCACCUUGGGCGUCACCCAUCGUAGUCAUCAUCAAGGCCAACGGGGUUGACAUCCGCCUCUGCAUUGAUUACCAGGUGGUGAACAGCCUUACCAGGUUGAUGGUGUACCCUAUGCCGUUGAUCAACGACCCCCUCGAAGACUUGGACAAGGCACUCUGGUACUGUUCCCUCGAUAUGGCUAGUGGCUUCUGGGGGGUGUCAAUGACCCCGCGAGCAAGGCUGGUGCUCAUCGUCGACAACGCGUUGUAUGGCCACAUGCGCAUCAAGCCCGAUCAGGAUCGAUCGAGCCCUGUUGAUGUCUUCGAGGAAGGAGAGCCGGAGCCGGAACCUAAGCCGUCGGUCCUCGGGAGAAGGUCGUAUGUGAACGACAUCCUUGUGACGGGCGACUCGUGGGAUAGCAUGUACAACCGUGUCGACAAACUGCUCGACGUCUGUUAUCGGUGGAACCUAUCGAUCAGCGUAGCCAAGAGCUACUGGGGUCGCGCAAAGUGGCGUAUCUAG